AUGUCGCUUCCCGACCGCGUCGUCUUCAGGACCAUCCCUCACCCCAUCGCCUCCUCCAACAAAAGAGUCACCCUUUCCCUCAGACGCUCCUCUCCUUCCAUUAACAACACCUCCAGUCAAAUCCCUGUCAACACCCAGAGCCCCAAUACCCCCAGACAACACACUCCUCCUAUGAGCACAGCUUCCUCUUCCCCUUCGCCUUCGCCACUGCGUGCUACUCCUCCUCCUCCUGUCAAGACAACAAAUCUCACCACCGUCCUCACCCCUUCCACCCCCAGCCCCAUUCGCAACCAUCAAACUGUCCUCAUCGGCAAGAACGGCCUUCCCAUCAAGUCUGCUCUCAAGAGCCCUGCAACUGCUAGCCCUAUCUGCAAUGGCCAGGCUAGGCCCUCGACAAUCCGAUCCUACACUUCGCCUUCUGCCCUCACCAGCCCCAAAUACGUCCACUUCAACUCCCAGCUUGAGCAUGUUCGCCUCUUCUUGCAGGGCGAGAUGCCCUCCUGCGUAUCUGACCGCGAGACCAUCGUCGAUGCCCGCCAGAACGGCGAGUCGACCAGCGACAUCAAGCUGACGCUCACCAACUGGUCCCCUGUUGCUGCUGGCACCUUCCAACCCGGCGACAUUAAUGCCGCCGGCGCUGCCCCUCUGCGUGUCGAGACCAUGGCGCUCUCACAGGACCAGACGGAGUUGCAGGGCAAGAUUCUGAUCCACAACAUUGCCUUCCACAAGCGCGUCUCUGUCCGCUACACGACCGACUACUGGCAGACGCAGACAGAGGUCGCUGCCGAGUAUGAGGAGUCGAUCCCUGGGUCGGCGCUUGAUCGGUUUGCGUUCAAGAUUCCGAUGGAGAUGGAGAAGACGAUGGUAGAGCGGUCGUUCUGCUUUGCGGUGCGGUAUCAGGUGAUUGGACGUGAAUUUUGGGACAGCAACAACGGAAUGAACUAUCAUGUGGAAUGCAAACGCGUCGUCGUCGUCGCCCCUCCUGUCGUGUCCGAUCUCUCCAAGCAGAUGAACUCCAUCCUCCUCGCCUCCCAAAUGCCCGACUUCUCCAAGCCUGUCCUCAAGAAGAAGAACGCCAACAACCGCUACGACCUCUCCACCUCCCUUUCCGCUGCCUACAGCCAGCCCAUCGGCAGCACCCCUACCUGGGCCAAGCGCGACGCUAUCCCUGUCGCCCAGACCGCUUACCGGCCAAGCGAGUACAUCACUACUCCCGUCCAGUCUCCUCCUGGCUACCACCACUCGCUCUAUGCCUCGUCGCCCAAAUUUGUCAACUCAUACCUCUCUGCCGCCUCGCCCCCAGAACACUUCCACAUUGGCUUUGACCAAUUGUCUCUCGACCGAUCGAUGCCCAUCAAGAAGCAACAGCUCUCGCGCAGCCAGUCGUGGAAUGGACGUGACCAAGAGGCCAGCUCUGGUUUCUCUUCUUUCUCCUCGUCCCCCUCUGCAUCUGCCCCCAUCUCGAUCCCUACCUCUAAGGCCCACGGCAUGGGCUCCUCUGGCUACUACGACUUGGUCGAUCGCUACUGCUUCUAUGAGUCAAGCCCCCACUCCAGCCCAUAUUCGAGCUACCCCAACUCCCCAACUCCCUGCAUCCGCGGCUAA